ACAAAUCAUCAUUCCAUCAACAAAUUCCCAUCAAAUCUGAAUUCAUACUAGUACCAAACAAACAUGGCAUCAACUUCAUUCCUACAAACUUUCCAGCCUUUAGGUAAGAUCAAAUCGAGUAGAAGGCCGGGGGUGAUCAGGGUCCGUGCGAUGAAGGGAGAAGCCCGCAACCACGGGUGGAAGGGUGGGAGAGUGGUGGACGAGAACAUGAUCGUGUUGCGAAAGAGGAUCCACGAGAUGAAGGUGAGGGAGGCUGAUUGCGAGCUGCCGAGAGAAUGGAUGGAGUGGGAGAGGCGCGUCUACGUGGGCUACGAUGCGAUCAUCUGCGACGCGGUGGGCCAUCUGCAGUCUUAUUUGAUGGACACAAGGCCCGGCUUUGCGCUUGCCAUGCUUGCACUUCUCGCAUUCAGCGUGCCCACCUCCACGGCUCUGCUCUUGUACAAUUUCAUGGCUGUUGUCUCUGGGAUUCAUUUGGGCUAAGUCAGGGGUGUUUAAUUUGGGAGGUCUAAUAAUUAAUAGGUGUAUAUAGUGUGCAAAUCUUUGAUUAUUUUUUUUCAGUUACAUUAAAUUUCAUCACUCAGCUUUGAGUAAAGAUCCGUAAUAAUAUGGGAAGAGAUUCCUAAUUCUUAAAAAAUAUUACUACUGUACUAUAGAUUCCCCAUGGGGAAUAGGUGGAAAAAGAGAUAGUGAGUACUAUAAAUUGUUUGGUGGUGUCAUUCUUUUAAUUGGAGACUGUUAUUAAACAAAUAAGAUAGCUGA